AUGGCGUCAGUAGAUGAAUUAGCUGUGAAGUAUUCUUCGCAACUUUCACAACUCCAAUCAAUCUUCCCUUCAUGGGAUGAAGGUGAUCUAGUGUUCACCUUACAAGAUACUAAAGGAAAUGUUGAAGAAGCCGCAUUAAGUAUCACAGAAGGUCGCGCGUCUCAGUUCACCUCAGCUACAAAGAAGAAGCCUGUCAAGUCAAAGGAAACUUACACCAAAGGUCACUCAAACAGAAAUGCCGACACAGGUGGAUGGGAAGCCGUCAACGGUGAUGCAGCUGCAGGUAGAGGUGAAAGGCCAACUAGAGGCGGACGGGGCGGCGCUCGAGGUGGUAGAGGUGGACGUGGUGGAGAACCGUUCAGAGGUGGAAGAGGCGGAAGGGGUGGCUUCAGAGGUGGAAGAGGUGGUCUCAGCAAUGCAAAUGGACAUUCAAAGCCUACCACAACCGAAGAAUUCCCCACAACAACCGCUACCACCACAGAAGGUUGGGCAAACCAAGUUCAACAAGCUACUUCGGCCGAACAAACAGAUGGAGAAGCUCCAGCAGAGACCAGCAAUGGAGAUGACUUUUCUGGAGCUGGCGGUUGGGGAGACGCACCAGCACCCAAGGAAUUAGAAAAAGCUGCAAAGACCGGAGGUACUGGCUGGCAAAAGGAAAUCGAGAAACCAAUUCAAGUUGCUUCAUCUUCAGUUCCUCCCGCUGCUAAACCUAAAUUAACCUGGGCCCAAAUCGCCAAGCCUGCCGAGAAACCUAAACCAAUCCCUGCCCCUGUUCCUGUCGUCUCUGAAGCCGCUCCAGAACCAGAGGCAGAGCAAACUAUCACUUCAGAUGAGCCUGUUGCUCAAGACGAUGUAGAAGUCGCACCCGAGGUAUCGGAAGAGACACCUGUAGAGGAUGUUGAGGCAUUCGGAGAUGCACCUGCACCUGAAGAGAUUGAAGAAGAAGCUGCCGCUUUGGAAUCAGCUGCUGCUGCUGAGGAACCUUUCACCGCCGCACCUGCUGAAGAUUUACUACCAGAAGAGGCCGCUCCUGCUCAACCUGAAGCAGCCACCGAUGCAUGGGAAUCCGAUCCUGCUAUCGCUGGAUCUGGUGCUCAACCUGACUGGGCCAAGACCGAAGCUGCACCUGCAAUCGCUCCCGAGCCUGUCACUACCUAUCAAGGUCCCCCUGGUUUCAAUAGUGUCGUCGCAAAGGCCGCUCCCGGUGUCCAAGCUGCUCAACAGCCUCGAUCUAGCUCACGAGCUGCUCAACGAUACAAGGAUGCCGAAGGUCAAGGUGUCGUGCUCCCCCCUACUGCCGCCUCUGGUAUCUCUGGCGUAGAGAUGCAAUUCGGCUCACUUAGCUUUGGUGGUAUCAACGGUGAUGGCGUCGACUCCCCUGUACCCGCCGCUGAACCCAAACCAGAAUCUCCCAUUCAAGCGGCUCCUGCACCUGCUCCUGUCGCUGCUUCCCCCGUACGAUCCACUCAACCUUCUGCUCCUGCUCAAGCUCAACAGCCUUCUGCUCCUACUCCCGUUGCUGCUCCAUCCGCGCCAUCAGCUCCCUUCUAUUCUCAACCUCAACAAACAGCUCAACCAUCUCAACCUCAACCACAGCAACAGCAAUCAUACACCUCUCCUCAUCAAACUCUCCAACAACAAAUGCAAGCUUACCAAUAUCUCCAACAACAACAGAAUCCCUCUCACUCUCAAUCCCAAGAUCAAGGUCUGCAUCCAUCCCAAAACAACCAAUACUAUCGACAGCAAGAUUUCUACAACCCCAUCGGAUCUCAAGCUCAACAACAGCAGCAACAACCAACCGAAGCUCAAGGUCAUCAACAAGGUCAAGCACAACAAUCCGCUCAACCUCAACAACCUGCUUCGAGCCCUUACGAUGCUCCUUUCGGUGCAUUCGGUCAACAGUCUCAUCUGUUUGGUCAACCUGCUCAGCAACAAAAUCAACACGCCCAAACCAACGACCCCUACGGUUCUGCUCAACGAGCAUACGAUUCAUACACCGCGAGUGGUUACCCUCGACCCCCUGUUGAUGAGCCCAAAGCUGCUGCUCCCACCCCUACCCACGCUGCAUCAGCACCUGCUCAACCUCCACACCAACAAAGCGGCUACUACUCCCAAAUGGGUAACAUGGGUUACUACCAACAAGGUCCUUACAACCCUUACUACCAAUACGGUCAAGCUCCUCAAGCUGGCUUCCAACAAUACUAUCCCUUAGCUGGACGAAACUUGUAUGGACAACCUGCCCCUCAAGCUCCUCCUGCGCCUAUCCCAAGUAACAAGCCUCAGCCACCUACAUCCCAAUCUCCAUACGGCGGACCACCUUCAUACCCUUCAUCGGCGUCAUACGAUGAUCAAUCUUUCGGCGGUGGAUUAGGCAGAUACGGAGAAUCGAAAACUCAAUCUACACCCGGAGCUGGACAACAAGGAUCAGCUGUUGGCGUUGGUGCAGGGCAAUCAUUAGCGCCUGGAUCUUACAAUCAACAAGGAUUACACAACUUCCUCGGAACUUCCAACACUUCCACCACCGGGGGAUCAGCUUCUUCUCAAGUUAACGCAAGAGCUCAAGCUACAACACCAGAUGAUGGGUUCAAGUCUUCAGCUUCAUCUCAACAGCAAGGUGGAGCUGCCAGAUCUCAAAAUCAAAUUCAACAAGGCAUCAACCCUAACAAUGCAGCUUCAGCAGCUGCUCAGAACCAAAACCAACAAGGCUUCAGUUCAUACCCCUACGGUGGAGCUGGCGGAGCUGGUGGGUACGGUGGUCAAGACUGGGGUCAUUAUGGUGCUGCAGGUCAUUAUGGAUCAAGAAACGGUUACCAACAAUGGCAGCAGUAG